AUGCGACUUUUACUUUUGACGGCCGCCGCGACGGCUGCGACGGCGGCUUAUGUACCAGGAAAGGCAUUCGAUAGAUUCAUCACGAUAUGGCUGGAGAACCAGGACUUUGAUAAGGUGGACAAGAAUUCCCACUUUGCAGACCUCUCGAAACAAGGCAUCCUACUCACCGAAUACUACGGCCUCACACAUCCCUCGCAACCGAACUACAUUGCUUCUGUGGGCGGCGACUACUUUGGCUUGAACCAGGAUGGCUUUGUGCAGAUCCCACAAAAUGUGUCAACGCUGGUCGACUUGUUUGAUACGCAAGAUAUAAGUUGGAAGGGCUAUUUUGAAGGGUUACCUGGUCCGGGCUUUAUGGGGGAGGGGAGUACGGCUUUUGAUGGAUCGGGGUGGGACUAUGUUCGGAAACACAAUCCCUUCAUCUCGUACGAUAGCAUCAGCAUGAACGGAACCCGGCUGGGGAACCUCCAGAGUUUCAAAGACUUCGAAUCCGAUGUCGAGGCGAAUACUCUUCCUCAAUACGCCCACAUGUCUCCGGAUAUGCUGAACGAUGGACAUAAUACGACUUUGGAAUAUGCUGCGAAUUGGACACAGUCUUUUAUUACCCCUUUGCUUGCGAACGAGCAAUUCAUGGAGAAGACGCUAGUCCUCCUCACCUACGACGAGAGCGCUACAUACCCGAUACCCAACCGCAUCGGAUCCCUCCUCCUCGGCGGGGCUGUUCCAAAGGAACUACAGGGCACAAACGACAGUACGCUCUACACCCAUUACUCCAUCCUCUCAACUCUAGAAAACAACUGGGGCCUCCCAAAUCUCGGGCGCUACGACGUAGGAGCAAAUGUCUUCGACCUCGUAGCUAACAAAACAGGCUACGUAAACCAUGCACCGGAGAACAUCGCUUCGGUCAACAACUCUCUUUCCUACGCCGGCUUCCUAAACACCGACCUAAAACUCAACAAGCCCAUUCCGGCACCCAACCUACAGCUCAUCGGCGCAGGUGGGAAAGGCGUAGACGAGACAGUGAAAUCAAAUUGGGGUGAAGCAGCAGGAGAUAUGACGCCCUAUGAUGGCAGCGGCUAUCUACAUGAUGGGGGGAAUGGGACGGCGGAUCCGAAUGCGCCGGUAUAUAAAGCGCAAGCUCCAGCGGCAGAAGUAACAAGUACACCGAGUUCGACAGGCUCGGCACCGACUGCGACGGCGGGUAAGAAGUCGCGGGCGAAUCGGAUGGUCACUUUGGACAUCAAUUGGGCAGGGGUGGGAUUUGGUGUCUUUGCUAUUGCGGCAUUUGUAUUUUAA